CUUCUUCUUUCUCUUUUCUAUCAAAUUAAGCUCAAGAAUAUUAGUUUAGGAUGAUGUUAAGGAAACUUGGAACAUUAAUAUUUGUCCUAAGUUUCUCCUUUUAUGCUUCAGGUAAGGAAGUUUCCAUCAAUGCGACAAGUGAGAGCCUUUCAACAAAGAAGGAAAAAUGUACCUAUUUUGUGACAAUAGAGACAACAUGUAUAAAGGGUGCAGACACCUCAAACCAUGUAAGCCUAAGGUUUGGUGAUGAAAAUUCCAAUGACAUUUUAGUGCACCAUUUGAAUUCCAAGCAUGUUAGGAGGGUUGAUCCAUUGGAGCCACAAGUUCUUGAUGACAUUCCAAGAAAACCAUUUCAAGCUUGCAUGAUGGAUCAGUUCCAAGUCACUGGUCAAUGUGUUAAAUCAUCAAUUUGCUAUCUCUAUCUUAAAUUGGCUGGAAGUGAUGAUUGGCGUCCUGGUUUUGCUCAAGUUCAAGUCCUAGAAGGGCCUCAUUUUAGCUCAAAUACAUUCUAUUUUCGACGAUAUUUGCCUCGUCGCGUGUGGCACGGAUCGAACUUGUGUGAAACACAGGUCACACCUUUUGGGGUAAAGCGCAAGAGAAAUGUAUUUGGAAACAGAGCUCCAUAAACCUUUAUGUCUUAUGAAAUUAUGAAAGUGAAACACAAUAAUUUUAAACUUGUAAUGUACUUCGAGUAAAUUCAAUUUGAACAUAUAGAGAUAGAUUUUCCGUUUUAAAAUCACAUCUUGCGUCGCAUUCAACAAAUACUUCAUGCUGUAAGUAUUAUUUUUUUUUCAAUUGAUAGACGAUUUUAUUGUUCAUAACCACUUAGUUAGACAUUACAUUAGCAUUGAUAACACUUAGGUUACCUAAGUUGACUAGAGUAUUACAAGCAUUGGAAGAGACUUUCCUAGUAGUGUACUUCUCCCAUAUCUUCAAGUAGUACUUGAUACAUAACAAAAGGUGGCAUUAUACAAAAACACUUACUGAUUUCUUUCUUGUCCAUUAGCUCCUUGCCGCGCCAUAAAACAUGUGCGACCUGGUUCCCUUCUCUAAA